AUGAAGUCUUUGUUUCUCUGGACGUUAUUAGUCCCAUUGGUGGCGUCCAAUGUCAUCACAGCUAAUCUAAGACGCUCCAGUUUCCUGGACAAACCUGAAACUGUCGAUUUACCUGUUGAAAAUGCCGCUGACACCGUUAAUUUGGCCAAUUCCAUAUCUUUUUUGAGCGAUUUAGACUUUUCCGAUCCAGAAGCCGCUGAAGUCGGGCGCCUGGACGAGUCCUACGAUCACUUCCCCAAGGAAUGGGCCCUCUCCGAAGCCAUUACAACGCUGUCGAAAAAGUUGGCCGAUUUCGAGCGGCUGCUCAGCAAUUUGGGUCUAACCGAUCUUAAGGGCGUUCGUAAAGAAGAAGGAGAAAGUUCAGCAGCUAAACCUUCCGAUAAAGCCUCUUCCGACUCAGCAUUCGACAAGCUGGGCCUCAUUGAAGUUGUGGAGACACAAGCCGCUAGAUUCGAUGGCGUUGAAGAGAACGCUCGUCAUUUUCAAGGCAAGGAGUCUUCUACUUCUCCAUUUAACCAAUUGCCCAAUAUUGUUGCGACCGCUGCCAAAGCUGCGGACUCUGAAUUCCCCAAAUUUGAGGAUAAAGAGAGCUCCAGCAGUUUAAAUGACAAGUUAAGUCCGUCAGAUGCCAUUACUGGGCAGAUCAUGGGCAUAUCUUCGACUGAAAGCCCUGCAGGCAAAAAUGAUGAGAUUUCUAUAACUGUGUUGGACAAAAUAAACCUUCCUGACGUUGUUACUUCGAAGAUAGCGGAGUUGGAAGCUUCCGAGCCUCUGGCGUCCAAGCCGGACGAGAUGGCUCCUAAAGAUGAGAGAAAUAACUCCUCAGAGUCGCUAUUGGACAAAAUCAACCUUCCUGAAGUCAUCACCGCCACACUUAAAGAAUUAGAAGCCUCUGAGACGGCGUCAGAUCUUCCCGAAUCCGUGACCUCAACUAUUCCCGAAUCUGAAGCUGACAAAGUCGAGAGUGACGGUAAAUCGGAGACUUUAUUGGACAGGCUCGAUCUGCCUGGUGUCAUUACAACCGAGCUGGCAAAAUUAGACGAAAUCGAGAGGUCUGAAAAUCCCGAACUGACCAACGAAAAGCCUUCUGAAGCCACUGAAAAUCCAGCAACUCCAGAAACUCCAUUGGCUUCUUUCGACAUCGCUGACUUCCGCUCUUACAAUAACUCCAAUUCCGAGACAACUACUGACAAUUUGGAGGGCUCACAUCUCUCUCAAUCCCCCAUUCUUCCACUGUUGAACCACCCAAUCUCCGGCGGUAAAUUCACCUUCUAUCAUGCGCAAGGCAAAGGAGCUUGUGGAUUGGACUGUGGUCGGUGCUCGGCAGCGAUUUCUGCCCGUCUAUUCGACCCUGCUGCGAAAUGGGGGCCUUCAGGAGGGAAGUACAUCUUGAAAGACGCGGUCUGCCUGGGAAUGUGCGUCAGAAUCCAGUACAAAGGAAGAAGGUGAGCUUGAGGAUGAUUUUUACAUUGUUUCACUCUUGUAACCCCUUGGCACCCCUUGUGGACCCCUUUGUAGACACUUAUUAUACUAUCGAUGGAAAAUUUUGAUCCUAUAGUCCGUUCGUAAAGUCGCUGGAGUGAUUUUUGCCAAAAAUUUUUUGAAUUCCCGCCAUUUUUGGCAUUCUGUUUUACGAGGUUUUUUGCGCGCUAGAAGGGGUAAAACAUGCAAAAUUAAUUUUAAAAUACGCAGUUGAAAAUUUUGAAGAACAUAAAUUAGUGUCUAAACCCCUUUGUAGACAUUUAUUACAUUGUCCAUUUUAUACUAGUCCGUUCGCAAAGUCGCUGAAGUGAUUUUUUGCGGUUUCACUGUGCAGAUAAAGCCGCGAGCAACUGCCCAAAUAAGCUUAUCGACAGUGCAAACUGAACUUAUUUUGUCGCACAGUGCUUGCCGCAGAAAUCACUCCAGCGACUUUGCGGAUGGACUAGUAUCAAAAUUCGCUAUGGAUAAUACAACUAGUGCUUUCCAAAAGCUUGAAUUAAAACAUUAUUUACACCAAAAAUAUGAAAUAGCGUAUUUUACAAUUAAUUUUGAAUUUUUAUUCCUUCUGGCUUCCAAAUACCGCUUGAAACAGAAUGCCAAAAAUGGAGGGAAUUUGAAAAAAAAGAUUUGCAUAAUUCACUCUAACGACUAUGUCAAGAAAGUACUAUCAUGGGCGACCUUGAUCUAGUCGCAAAAAACUUGUACGUUUAUCUCUUCUGGCGCGCAAAAAACUCAUAUAACAGAAUGCCAAAAAUAGCGGGAAUUCAAAUUUUGCGUGUAGAAAUGACUCCGGCGGCUUUGCAAACCGACUAGUUUAUUGAUAUACAUGUGUUAGUCUAUCUAAUAUAUGUUUUUACAGUGCCUCCUUCCCCAUCGACGACAAAUGCCCCGAGUGCCCGCCGAACCACGUCGACCUCUCCGAACACGCCUUCCUGGCGUUGGAACCCAACGCCGCCGUUGGCGUUGGAAGAGAUGCGACCAUCACUUACAUGUUCUGCAAUCAGACUAGAAUCAGCAGCUGCUAG